AUGGCGGCGCUGCAGGCGGAGCGCGGGUACGGGCUGUCCUGCGGCCGCCUCGGCCGCGGCACCCGCGUCUCCGUCUUCCACGGCAAGCUCACGGAGGGCGCCCUGCGAGCGUUUUGGCACUCCUAUCAGGCCUGUUCUGAUGCUGUGACAUCAAAACCAGUAAUCCAGUUUCAAGGAAGCCAAGGGCACAUCGCAAUUCCAAGGCCCGAUAGACCUACGGAAGUGCGGACUUUCACAUUUUAUCUUUCAAAUAUUGGCAAGGACAGCCCCCAAGGGAGUUUUGACUGUAUCCAGCAGUAUGUAUCUAGCAAUGGCAAUAUCCAUUUGGAUUGCCUUGGAAGCAUACAGGAUAAAAUCACCGUGUGUGCUACUGAUGAUUCCUACCAGAAGGCGAGGCAAAGCAUGGCACAGGCAGAGGAGGAGACUCGCAGCCGGAGCGCUAUCGUCAUUAAACCUGGGGGCAGAUACGUAGGGAAAAAGGUUCAGGUGCGUAAACCUGCACCAGGAGCUUCCGAUGCUGUUCCCUCCAGGAAGCGCCCAACGCCAGUCAACCUUGCCAGUGCAAUAAAGAGAGGCAAUAGUGCGAUUUCUCAGAGACCCUUCAAAGAUAGGGUUGUGCACUUACUGGCACUAAAGCCUUAUAAGAAACCUGAACUUAUUCUCAGAUUGCAGAAGGAUGGACUUUCUCAGCAGGACAAGGAUUUGCUGGACAACCUUCUGCAACAGGUGGCAAAUUUGAGUGCCAAGGACAGCACUUUCACACUGAAAGACUGUGUAUACAAAGAAGUGCAGAAGGACUGGCCUGGCUACUCUGAAGGAGAUCAGCAGUUGCUGAAGAGGAUACUUGUUCGGAAACUCUGUCAGCCACAGAACAGUAGCGGUUUUCAAGGAGAAGCGCCUUCCCUGAGUCCACCAAAAGACAAUGUGAACUCCAGCUCUCCUCCUCAGAAACGACCCCAGCCUCUGGAGUUUAUUGAUCCCCUGGCCAACAAAAAGCCCAGGAUCUCUCAUUUGGCUCACAGAAGUCAGCCCACUUUCAACGGGAAACUGAAUUCCUCCAACGGGAAGGACGCCCCUGCCCCUGCCCUGCCGCCGGCUGUCCCGGAGUCGGUGAGCUCCAGCUCCAGCCUCCCGGUGCUGGAGCUGCCGAGGCCUCACGAUCCCCUUUCGGAUGUCAGCAAUGACCUGACUCACAACGGCAGAGACUGUGAGAACCCAGAGACGGCUGACAGACUGACUCAUCCUUUGUCCACAGACUGUCCCCAAACGAGCAAGCACAAUUGCAGCUCGUAUGUAAAAACCAAGAAAAAAUCCAAAAAGCACAAAGACAAGGAAAAGGAGAGAAAGGAGAAGAAAAAUGAAGAGAAAUGCAAAGAGGAGAAGCAGGACUGUGAAGUAAUAAAAAAUGCUGACUUAGUUAGUGUUCCCCAGGAGCAGGUCACAGGUUUAAAUGGAACAUGCAAUAAUUCUAGUGUACCAACAUCAACUUCAGAAAUGCCAGAUUAUUUAUUAAAAUACGCAGCCAUUUCCUCUUCGGAGCAGCGUCAGAGUUACAAAAAUGACUUCAAUGCAGAAUACAACGAGUACAGAGACUUGCAUGCUCGGAUAGAGAGGAUAACUCGACGGUUUACGCAGUUAGAUGCCAAGCUGAAGCAACUUUUGCAGGGCUCUGAAGAAUAUAAGACCAUCCAUGAUCAAAUUUUACAGGAAUAUCGGAAAAUUAAAAAGACUAACCCCAAUUACAGCCAAGAGAAGAACCGCUGCGAAUACCUCCACAACAAACUGGCUCAUAUUAAAAAACUGAUAGCAGAGUAUGACCAACAGCAGUUUUAG